AUGUUCACUCACUCGCUAUUCAAGACCGAUACGGUCUACAUCUACCAGAUUCCGCCACUCAAGAGCGCCAAGGCCGGCUACCUCAGCGCAGAUUGGCCACUCGAAAGCCCCAUCUGGACUGGCAGCCUGGAGGUGGUGGAAACGGAGGUGCAAAACAAGGAGGAGACCAACAAUGUCGAGUGCUCGAUUGUGCUCAAGGACACAAAGACAGACGAAAUUUUUGCCCAGGCACCAUACCACGUGGACGGCAGUGGUCUGACGCCUGUGUCUGACUCAUCUCGAUAUCACGCCAUUCGAGUCCAGGGAGAAGGAGGCCAGACAGCUAUUUUGGGACUCGGGUUUCCAGACCGAUCGGCAGGGUUCGACUUCAACGUGGCAUUACAGGACUUCCGGAAACAUGCCACACCAAUUGAGGUGUCCAAAAAGAGCUACAAGUUGCCCGACAAGGUGGUUGACGAACCGGCUGCAGACGUGGCUAUUCCUAUUCUAGCUCCUCCGCCAAGGAGAGCCACUAUGGAGGAGGAAGAGGAAGAGGAGGAAGAGGAUGACGACGACUUUGGAGAUUUUGUCGGAGAUAAUCAAUAG